UUGCCGAAGGGCAGUGUGCGGCUGCUCCGACUCUUACCACAUUCAGAUAAGAAUUCUCACAUACAGUGCCGGCUCACUACCUUUCCUAUGUUGGACUCAGCAAGCACCCAUCCGUACGAGUCCUUAUCAUACGUGUGGGGAUCUGAUGACAACAAACAGCCCAUCUAUGUGGACGGCGAUGAGCUAUAUAUCACGGCCAACCUUCACGUGGCGCUAUCACAUCUUCGACAUUGCUUUCUGGAAAGAAUCCUAUGGGUAGAUGCUAUUUGCAUCAACCAAGACGACAAAGACGAAAAAGGACGUCAGGUUCAGUUGAUGGCGAAGAUCUAUUCCAAAGCAAGCCGUGUAAUUGUUUGGCUCGGAGAAGAAGCCGACGGCAGCGACCAAGCACUCGAAGACAUUCGCGCAGCUGCAGACGAAGAGCCCGCGAAUUCCCCAGCCGACGAAACAAACCGGAAUAAUAUCCUCACUUUGCUUGAACGGAGAUGGUUUGAACGCAUCUGGGUACGUGGCAGACGACCAAAGAUUCAGGUCCUCCAGGAGGUUGCUGCAGCUCGACAUAUCUUAAUUAAAUGUGGUCCUACGGAGAUCGACGGGUAUGCGUUCUGCUCAGGCCUGAGCGCAUUAAACCUGUCCUACGAAACGCGCCCACAUCUGCUAGGUCUGAUUCCUCCGAUAGUCUACCUUAUAAGAGGCGCAGUAUUCCGGCCUAGAUACGAAGGAUACGAAACCAAUCUACAAGACAGGUUUUCCCUAGGUAUACACCCUCUAGGCCAGCUAGUGGAUAUGUACCAUACGCACAAGGCUACCGUUCCUCUCGACAAGGUGUAUGCCUUGCUUGGUAUGAGCAAUGAUAAUCUACAUGUAGGAAGACUAGAUGUCAAUUACGAGGCCGCAUGGGGAGAAGUCUUCAAGAAUCUUGUUCAAUUCUGCCUCUCCGACCAGAUGUCCGUCAGCACUUGGGACGGUGUGGAGGUGGCGGUGAUUGAAGCAAGAUGCUGCAUUCUCGGCGAAGUAUCCUCAGUUGGAGAGGAUGCUACUCGGCAUAACAGACAGCACGUGGAGAUUACCUGGGAGGAUACGCCAAGCCAUUUCGGCCCGGAAGAAAAACAGAGCUCUCGUUUCACCUUCCAGGCCUCAGCAAAAGCCGUUAAGAAAGGCGACGUCGUCUGUCUCUUGCAAGGAGCAUCUUCGCCUACAAUCGUCAGGUUAUGCGACGGGUUUUCGACUAUUAUUAUGAUUGCGGUUCCCUUGACAGACGAUGUACGACAGCGUUCAGCCUCAGUAACAGCCUUCCCAAUGGAUUUACUCGUGGUCUGGGACUGGGAUGAAUCUCGAAGAAAGUUGCAAGAUGGGGAAGACUAUGAAAAGUUGAUAAGCAGUCGAAAAGUGCCCAAAUGUCCAGUGGCAAAGUGUCAGUGCUGGCAUGGCCUGGACAAAACGACCAGAUUAUGGAAUUUCGGAGUGUUGCUGAAUAGAAUAGCAAGAUAUGACGUUGCGGCAAAGAAUCUCCAAAAAGCUGUGGAAAUUUAUAGGUCUAGAGAAGGAUUAGGAAGCGUAGAUGAAACUGACCUAGGUCACGGCUUUGGGAGAGAGGCGGAUGAGGAGGGCGCCAGUAUCGAUUUGAAGGAUAACUACGGCUGGACGCCGCUGUCGAGGGCCGCGGAGAGCGGCCACGAGGCGGUUGUACGGCUGCUGCUCGAGAAGGGCGCCAGUAUCGAUUUGAAGGAUAACUACGGCCGGACGCCGCUGUCGAGGGCCGCGGCGAACGGCCACGAGGCGGUUGUACGGCUGCUGCUCGAGAAGGGCGCCAGUAUCGAUUUGACGGAUAACUACGGCUGGACGCCGCUGUCGAGGGCCGCGGCGAACGGCCACGAGGCGGUUGUACGGCUGCUGCUCGAGAAGGGCGCC